CUGCAGCUGCGGGGAGAAUUCCCACCAACUUUCUGCGACGAGAAAUCGGCUCUUCUGAACGAGAAAUUCUCGCCGGACGAAUGAUAGACAGAUCAGUGAGGCCAGUAUUUCCUGUGGGAUACUUCCAAGAGACGCAAUUAGUAUGCAAUUUGCUGUCUGUGGACGGCGUUCACGAUCCCGACAUCGUUGCGAUCAAUGCAGCUUCUGCUGCAUUGAGCGUAUCGGACGUGCCGUGGGAUGGGCCGAUUGCUGCUGUUCGGAUCGGUUCAAUCGACAACGAACUUAUUGUGAAUCCUACCCGUCGAGAAAUGGCGAACAGUGCCUUGAAUCUCGUCCUUGCUUCUUUGGAACCUAACAGAAUCCUCAUGAUAGAGGCAUCAGCGGAGGAUUAUCUCCUUCAGGACUUUCAGAAAGCUGUGAAAGUUGCCGCGAAAGCCUGUCAACCGAUCAAUAAAGCUAUAACAGAACUGCGGAAAAAUGCGGGUAAACCGAAGCGGAAUUUUGAAGCUCCGCCGCACUUACGGAGUGCAAAUGAAGAUUCUUUCGGACCGUCACCUUCGGAAAGCGUGCGCGACGCUUGUCGAGCGCUUAGUGAAAUGCGCUUGAAAGACGUCUUUACUGAUUCAAAUUUGUCCAAAGUUGAGCGAGACGACGCAAUGUUCGCUAUUAAAGUUGAAAUCGUAGAGAAACUGAAGGAGAGUUUUCCGGACUGGGACAAUGUGUUGUUGAGCGAAGUCUUCUGGCAAGUUACCAAGACGAUUUUCAGAGACCUGAUCUUCGACACUCAUACCAGGUGUGAUGGUCGGAGCGUUGAGGAAGUGCGGCCGAUUCACUGUGAGGUUGACCUGUAUUCCCCGCUUCAUGGCUCAUCACUAUUCCAGCGUGGUCAAACACAAGUUCUUUCCACACUUUCCUUCGAUUCCCCUGAAUCUGCCUUGAAAUCUGAUCCAGUAUCAGUUCUACUGGGUGGUGCGAAGGCGAAGAACUUUUUCCUGCAUUACGAGUUUCCUCCUUACGCGACGAAUGAAACCGGAAGAUCGACUGGUUUCGGGCGCCGCGAGUUGGGUCACGGGGCCUUGGCGGAGAAGGCGCUGCGUCCAGUCAUCCCUGCAGAUUUUCCCUUCGCAGUGCGACUCACUGCUGAAGUGCUGGAAUCCAAUGGGUCCUCAUCGAUGGCCUCGGUUUGCGGGGGUUCUUUGGCUCUGAUGGAUGCCGGCGUGCCGAUUCAAGCCGCUGUUGGCGGAGUGGCGAUUGGUCUUGUCACUAGACCCUGAUCAAGCGGAAGAUAACAAAGACGGAGAAAUGGAGUAUAUGUUGUUGACUGACAUCCUGGGCAUAGAGGAUUAUAUGGGUGACAUGGAUUUUAAAAUCGCGGGGACUAGAAGAGGUGUUACAGCUCUACAAGCCGACGUAAAGUUGAAACACGGGAUCUCAUUGAAGAUUGUAAUGGAAGCCAUUCAACGAGGGUUUGAAGGCAAGGCCGUCGUUUUGGGCAUUAUGAACCAGACCAUCGUGCGGCCCAGGAGUGAGAAAAAGGGCAAUUGGCCAGUUAGCGAAGAGAUAGCAGUUCCGAUCCACAAGCGGUCCCGUUUCUUGGGUCCUGGUGGUUUGCACCUGAAGAGCCUGACUGCGGAAACUGGUGUUCAGGUUUUUCCUGUUGACGAAUCCAAAUACUGCCUCUUCGCCCCGAGUCAAGUUGCCAUGGAUGAGGGCAAAGAAAUGAUUGAGAAAUGGCUAGUAGAAGAAAGAGAACCUCAGUUGGAGUUUGGAUCGAUUUGCAAUGCAAAAAUCACGGAAGUUCGGGAAAGUGGUGUUAUGUUGAGCCUUCAUCCAGCAAUGACUCCUGUUUGGCUCCUGUUAAGGGUUGUUCAUCCAUCAGCGCUGGGGCUCGAAGUUGGCCAUGAAAUCGCAGUAAAAUAUUUCGGACGCGACCCUGUUUCGGGUCAG